AUGAGUCACGCACGCGCAUCUAAAAAGAAAGGACUCAGCUUGGAAGAGAAAAGAAGUCGUAUGAUGGAAAUAUUUUUUGAAACUAAAGAUGUGUUUCAGCUGAAAGACAUUGAAAAAAUUGCCCCAAAAUCCAAAGGAAUCACUCCCAUGUCAGUGAAAGAGGUGUUGCAGAGUCUGGUGGAUGAUAACAUGGUGGACACUGAAAGGGUGGGCACCUCCAACUAUUACUGGGCGUUUCCCAGUAAAGCCCUGCACGCCCGUAAAUGCAGAUUAGAGGAACUGGAGAGACAACAUGAGGAUGGGAAUCAGCGCAAAAAAGCCCUUCAGCAAGCAGUGAAUAAAGCCAAAGUGGGACGUGAAGUUAAUGAGGAGAGAGAGAAUCUCCUGAAGGAGCUCACAGCAUUGAAACAUCAGAGAGAUCAGCUAAAGGCCGAACUGGAGAAGUACAAAGAAUGUGAUCCAGAGGUGGUGGAAGAGAUACGUAAGGCCAACAUUACAGCCGUGUCGAGGUGGACGGAUAAUGUUUUUGCAAUUAAAUCCUGGGCAAAGAAGAAGUUCGGCUUCGAGGACAGCGGCUUGGACAAAGCUUUCGGAAUACCAGAGGACUUUGACUAUAUUAACUGACCAAAAAUUCACAGCUUCUUUGAUCUUAUGAUUGUUUGAUCUGUUCAGCUGCACGAUCAAUAAGCGUUAUUGUCCUGCAUCAGUUAGUUUUACAUUUUGUUAUCAGUUCUGCAUGU